UUAUAGGUAGAACAAAUUAUAAAAAAAGCAAACACUGCGACCCCGAAGAGAUCGUGAGAUGUUAUUUGAUUUCAAAAAUAAUCAGGUGAAUGUGUGUGGAAAUGAAUUUACAGACCCUAUUCCAGGAUUUUAAUCCUAGCAAAUUCGUCGUACAUACUUGUUUGCUGAUAUUCACGGCUCUAUUAGCAUUAAAAUUGGAUAACACUAUAACUUGGUCUUACUGGGCAGUCUUCACGCCUAUAUGGACAUGGAAAUUCCUGGUUAUUCUUGGUGCUACAGUUGGUACAUAUGUUUGGUGGCAGUAUCCCCACUUCAGAUUGGAAGGUGAAGCUUAUAUUCACUAUAAAGCAAUGUUAAUAAGCCUCGCAAUACAUUUGAUUCUACUUAUGUUCGAGCUGCUUGUUUGUGACCAGUUAACAACAACACGCCAUGUUUGGAUACUUGUUUUCAUACCAUUAAUUUUUAUAAGCAUAGUUUCAAUAGCCAUCUGUAUAUGGUGUGUCAAACAUGAUCGUAGUUAUGAGUUGGAGUUGUUUUGUGCUGUAAAUAUACUUCAGUUCAUCUUUCUGGCAUUGAAAUUGGAUGACUUCAUAAAUUGGUCCUGGGAGGUUGUAUUUGUGCCACUAUGGAUACUCAUGUGUCUGAGCCUUGUAGGUGAGUGGGUGCUAUACAGUAUAAUAUUCGCUGGAAUCUUGCUACGCACGCCCGAAGUGAACAUACAGCAACGGCGGACCAGUUUCAACUCUGCUCUGGCUUAUACUUUCACUGUUAUACCCAUAUUAGUGUUUCAGGUCUUGUUAACGAACAAACUCGACGAUGGUUUAGACCUCUCAUACAUCGUAGUAGUCAGCCCGCUGUUUGUGACAUACGCGACACUUAUUAUCAUGUCUUUCAGUUCUAAGGGAGGAAACAAAUGGUGGUUUGGCAUACGAAAGGACUUCUGUCAGUUCCUUCUCUCAGUGUUCCCCCUCCUCCAGGAGUAUGCAAACAUUGCGUACAAUAACAACGUGAACAGAGGAUCAAAUGGUAUACCCGCCGAACCUCCGAUCACUCAAGAGCCGUACAGGGACGAGGAGGCUCACAGAAAAGUGAAAGAGAGUAAAAAAUCUCAGAAGAAUCAAAAGAAAAACGAAGCAAUGAAACCAGUUGUGCCUGUGACCAGUAUAGACAUGCCGGAUUGAUGUUUUAGUAAAUUGAAGUCGGUUAUAAGUGCUGAAAUGUGUGUUCACUUGUUAGAAAUUUUACCCUUUGUAAAUAUCGAGCUUCUAUGUGUAAAGCAAUACAUAUUGUUAAGUUUGAUUAGCAUUAGGCUAUUAUUUUUAUGUGCAGAGGAUAUUAUUGGAUAUUAGAAUUGUGCAUUGUUUAUCAUUGUUUUCAAGUGUAUGUUAAUCUUUACAUCCCGUUGCUAAUGGUAUCUGUAAAUGCACUAAUAGGUACAUUUGUAACUAAUUUUACUUAAUUUUAUUUUUAACUAUGACCGAUAGGCACAAAUAGCCAACUUCUUUGUUGUUUUUUUUUUGUAUCUUAUUUUAGUUGUAGUGUAAAUAGUGUAAAAUGUAUUUUCAUAUAAGUACAUAUGUGAGGAUUUAUUGUUUAUUAGAUUGAUUUGCAUGUGCGAAAUGUACAUAAUAAAAUAAGAUUAUGAUGGUAUACACAUGUAGCCGUAGAGGUUAAAAUAUAAAUAAUAAUCAUGUGAUCUGUUUACUAUAUUUCACUUAAUAACAAGCUCACUCAUUAAAAUAAAAUAUGUAAACAUUUGAAACACCAUUAAUCAUACUUUUCGAAGUAGAGUUAUAAAUUCAGCAAAUAACGUCAAUGACCUGCUAUUUCUAAUUUAGUAACUUCCAGUAUACCAAACUCUCAACGAAGUCAGAUUAAAUGAUUUGGCUUUAAACUAAACGCUCAUUGGUUGCCUAUUGCGUAAUCGGCUGCUAUCGACCAAUGAUCAUUCGGAUUCAAGAAAGCCUAAGAAAGCUUUCAGAGAGUGGAGGUAAAUAUAAAAAAAACCUAAUGUUGGACUGUUACUACUUUCAUCGACGGAAAUUAAAAUUACUUAAGCAAUAUUGAAAGCAAAAUAUAUUUUUACACGAGUGGUUUUUAACAGGAAUAUAUCAACUUAAACUUUUUGUUAUGUAAUAGUUCUGUAGUUAAAAGUCACACAUGUGAUAUAACACAAAUGUCAAUAUUAAAACUAAGUUGCUGUAGGUAUGUUUAGUUAUAUAACGCAGGUCUGUCAUUAUUCUACAAUGACAGGCGUAAGUUAAACUAUUGAAGCAUAAAUCACUUUUAGAAAAUUUAUGAUUGAAUUCGACCUUCAGUUUGAAAAUUGUACCUAUUUAUGCUUGAAGAGAGUCAUAUGAAGGAUUUAAGAAUAUUUUAUUAUUCAUCGCGAGAGUGUUUGUACUUCUUUAUUAUAUACGCGUGAUUUUACUUUGUACAACAUUAACUUGAAAUUAUCUACGCCUUUAAGGAUUUUUUAAAAGUGUUUCACUUUAUGUAAAUAAAUAAAUUGUCCCUUAAUACCUCUGACUAGUUUAGAUAUCCCUAAUGUUAUAUCUGUGUUAUAUAUCCAUAUCAUAGUGAUAAUAUAUUUUCAUAAUUAGAAAAUUUGGUUUGGGAUUCUAAACAUUUUAUCGACGCAUGUGGUUUUGUAAUUAGGAUAUUACUUACUCGUCACGAAAACGAUUAAUAAAACUAUACAAUAUUAGAGUUAUGUUAGGUAAUUAAAGCGCAAUAAUUUGUCGUACUUUUUCUUAUCUCUACGAAGUGGAUUUAAUCAAAAUUGACUUAUUAAAAAUUAUCGUUAUUUCAAUAUUUUAUAAAGAGUUUUCUCAAACCCCAAAAAAUUAAUAUUUUUAAAAUACGUAUAUAUAUAUAUUUAAAUUUUACAUUAUAUUUUCAACGUACGAAACGAAAAUUUUAGCUAUUUAAUUUUGGAAUGAAUUUGCUGAUUUCUUGCAAUGCUUAUGUGUGUUUUGACGUGUAAAAUAGGUAUAAUAAUAUUUAGCACCAAUAUAUACAAAAAAAUUCAAUUGACAAAAAUACUAAUGACAUUAAACUAAAAGCUAUUAAGAUUUAAUAGAGAAAACCAAUUAUCCUAAACGGAAAUAUUCGGGGUUCGAUUGUGUAGAUGCUCCUAAAUCACAUUUAAAAAAAGAAAACUAAAUUUACGUUGACUUCUUAUUCAUCUAUAAAGAUACAAUUGUUCUAUAAACGUGGCGACGAAUAAAUUCUAGAAAUUGUGGAAAAAAAUUAUAAAAAAGUCGCGCGUAUUAAAUUUUUGAAACUAUUGCUAUUAAUUUUUUUUUUUUAAUAUAUAUUAAACAUAAAAAUAGUAAUAGACAAAAGUUCUCUAUGUAAAUGAUAUUAUCCGUCUUUAGACCAAAAUGUACGCGUGUGGUAAAUCAAAAACCGCUUUUAUGAUUUCGUGACUAAGUUCAAUCUAUAUUUUACAUGCUCUCCAAACAUGUAGUUUAUCAUUUGGAUGGAUGAACAUGAAAAAUGAGCACGAAUGCAUUCAUUGUUAUGAUACGAAAAGUAGAAAUAGUUUAAUCCGAUUUAAAAAUAAAAUGAUUUCCUUUAAAUUACGUUUGGAUAUUUCAAUUAGUUUUUAUACUUUUCUUUAGAAAGCGAGUACAAUUGCAAUUUUUUGAGUAUCGAAGUGAAAAUGUACCAUCAUCUUAUAUGGAAAUAUAUAUUAUAAAAUAUUUUUUAUAUUGUUCUACUUAUAUUUGACGUAAAUGUUUUUUUAAAUUGAGUG